CCCAACGACAGCAACCCGGAUUCGAGCCAUGGCUGACGGCUGCCGGACGCCUCAGGCUCGGGCGCUUCUGCAGCAGUGCCUGCACGCACGACUACAAGUUCGCCCAGCUGAGGGGGACGCUGCGGCCCAGUGGGUGGAGGUUCAGAGAGGAUUAGUGAUCUAUGUGUGCUUCUUCAAGGGAGCUGAUAAAGAACUUCUUCCAAAAAUGGUUAAUACACUAUUAAAUGUGAAAUUAAGUGAGACAGAAAAUGGCAAGCACGUCUCUGUACUGGAUCUACCUGGAGACAUUCUUAUCAUCCCUCAAGCCACCCUUGGUGGUAGAGUAAAAGGAAGAAAUAUGCAGUAUCACUCCAACUGUGGAAAAGAAGAAGGGUUAGAACUUUAUUCCCUAUUUGUAUCUCUCUGUGAAAAAGAAUUAGCUGCAAACAGUAAGUGCGCUGAAGCUGGGGUUGUAGUGGAACAUGGCACUUAUGGGAAUAGGCAGGUAUUAAAGCUGGAUACCAAUGGACCAUACACACACCUAAUUGAGUUUUGAGAAAUUAAAAGUUAGUUCCUACAGCUAUUUUGUGGUAUAAAAUGACCUGGACUAUAAUUAGAUUUUUUGCCCCUUUGUCUCUUGAAUAUACUAAUGUAUAGCAUUUUCAGAUAAGAAAAUCUUGGGUCCCGUAAAUAAUUGCAACAUGCUAAUCAGAUGACCUUGUCAAGUCACCUAAACUCUAGAGCUCAGUCACUCUAUCCUGUUUUCUACCAUCCUUCCACUCAAGUAUUUGAAAAAUCCUUGUUUAUUCACUUGAUGAUCAUUAAAGAAGCCUUUUAAACCAUACUUUAAAGAUUAUAUACAUUUUAUUUUGUAAUGAAGUAAUGUGUACAAUUAAGAAAAACACAUUUCUUAUACCCUCAAAUUUAUGUACUAUGUACUAAAAGUAAAAGUCAUUGUAUGAAAGUUGAGGUGAAAUCCAACACAAACCAAUUAUAACUUUGUCGAUUUUGUUUCACUAUUUCAGUUUUCUUUUUUUGUGUGUGUGGUGCUAGGGAUCAAAGCCAGGGCCUUGCACAUGCAGACCACAUGUUGUGCCACUGAGCUAUCUUCCCAGCUCAGUUUUCUAUAUUUUGAAUGAAAUAAUAUGUAACUUACUAUUCCUUUUAAUAAUAUCUAUGAAAAUGUAAUGUAGAAAUGUUAUUGUACAUUAUAUUACUUUCCAAGGACAUCUAAAUGCUUUAGAUUAUUUUAAUAAUCUUUAGUACCUCAUAAAUAUGUACAAUUGUUAUGUGUCAAUAAAAAUUUUUUUAAGCAAAAAAAAUAUUUAGUUGAUAUAGGAAUCAGGUAUAAAACAUUCAUAGUUGUUUUUAUUAAACAUAUUCACAACGAGAGAUUAAUGCUCUGUUUUUCAGUGUUCACCAAAACCAUGUAUGUCUCAGUUUCUAUCUUUGGUUUAAAUUACUGAGUUCAUAAAUUUUUUUAGGAAUUUCCUUUCUUGUUGAAUUAGAUUGCUAUACAAGGAAGAAAAAGGGAAGCUUUCUCAGGAAGUUGUUUUUAGUUGACUUGUAUGGAUUGGUUGUUUUUAAUCAGUUUUGUAUUGAUUUAAUGAUUUGGAACCAUUGUCAAUUUUUCUGUUAGUAAAUGUUAAUAUACUAAAUAUUUGUGCCCUCCCCCAAAAUUUAUAUGUUAAACCACUAAUCCCCACUGUGAUAAUAUUUGGAGAUGAGGCCUUUGGAAGGUAACUAGAGUUAAGAUGAGGACUUGGGGGGUGGGACCCUCAUGAUGGGAUUAGUGUCUUUAAAGAAACACCAGAGAACUACCUCUCUAUACUCUCACCAUGUGAAGAUGUAGUAAAAGUUUCUCCAAGGAGAUGUAUAUGUCUUUUAGAUGACCACAAGACAUAUACAAAGCUAGGAAGAGAGCCCUCAUCAGAACUGAUCAUGCUGUUACCUUGAUCUUGAAUUUCUAGCCUGUAGAGCUGUGAGAAAAUAAAAUUUUUAUUGUUUAAGUCA